UUUGGCCGCCCCGGGGGGGGGGGGGGGAACCGGGCGUCCUGCGCUGACCCCGUCACGUGCCCCCGCGCACAAAGCGCCUCUGUCCCGGCGGAGGGGCCCGCUGGGGGCCCCGGCGUCACCCACGGGGGUCCCGGCCCCGCGUGGGUCCCCUCCCGGCCCCGCAGCAGCGAUCCGGCCCCGCCGCCCCCCCCCCCCCGGCCCCGGCCCCGGCCCCGCUCCCGGUCCCGCCCCGCACCGCCCCCGGCCCCGCUCCCGGCGGAGUCUCGGCUCCGUGGCCGGGCCGGGCCCCUCCGCGACCCCCGGGACCGGCAGCGAGCGGCCCCUGCAGCCCCCCCCCCCGGGCGAUGGAGCCCGGCACCCCCCCCCACGCCCCGCUGCGCCCUGGAGCCCCGGCCCCCCUACGAGCCCGUCCCUGCCGCCCUCUGCGCCCUCGGUGCCCUCUUCGGCGUCGUCUGCGGCUGCUUCGGGUACCGCUGCUUCAAGGCCAUCAUGUUCCUCUCGGGGCUGCUCUUCGGCUCCAUCGUCAUCUUCCUCCUGUGCUACAAGGAGCGGGUGCUGGAGACGCAGCUGAGCCUGGAGGCCAGCGCGGGCAUCGCCCUGGGCAUCGGGCUGCUCUGCGGCCUGGUCACCAUGCUGCUGCGCAGCGUCGGGCUCUUCACCACCGGGCUGCUGCUGGGGCUGCUGCUGGCCACGGCCGCGCUGGUGGCGGCGGCGCCGGUGCUGCCGCCGCCGAGCCCCUGGGUGCCGGCGGGCAGCCUGCUGGGGCUCGCGUUGCUCUGCGCCCUCCUGGCGCUGCAGUGGCCGAAGGCGCUGACCGUCCUCUCCACCGCCGUCUUCGGCGCCGCCGUCGUCGUCGUCUGCGCCGACUACUUCGUGGAAGCGCUGGCGCUGGUGCUCUACGUCUACGACCGGCUGCGGCUGGCGCCGGCGGGGCCGCUGUGCUGGCACAGCUGGGUGCUGCUGGGCGCUUGGCCGGCGCUCAGCCUCCUCGCCGUCCUGCUCCAGUGGAAGCUGACGGCCGACGGCGUCUCCCACACCGACGUCAUCCUCAGCCGGCGGCAGAAGCGGCUGCAGCUGCUGCGCAUCCGGCAGAAGGAGGCCAAGCGCCGGCAGAGCCUGGCCCCUCCCGAGGGCACCUACCGCCGCAAGCCCCCCCCCGUCAAGCGCUACGCGGGUGACGUGCUGGCCCCGAGCUACAUCCGGAGCCUGCGGGAUCGGCAGCUGGAGAGCGGGACCGCGCCGGGCCCCACCGCCGCCCCCGAUGCCGACUGCGGCUCCGCCGCGCCCCCGCCCCGCCGCCGCCCCUGAGCCCCCGCGCCCCACCGACGUGCCUUGGGGGUUCCCGGACCCCCCACUCCCGCUGUGCCUUCCCCUU